GUGAUAAAUUUGCAAAAUUCUAGUUUGAAUUCCAACCCUAUUCUGAAAAAUUAUUCGUGAGAAUCGUUUGAGAAAAAUUACGUGGUGCUUCCUUUCGCCAAUUAAACUUCAUUUAAAUAGCAUGAAUGAUUUAAUGCGACUUAAAAUUCUCACUGCUAUUUUGCUUCUAUUCGACCAUUUGAUCACUAUACUUCGUGUGUGUUUCCAAAAGCAGGCUUCUCCGUCCGACUCCUUUGAAGUGCGUGACAUUUUUAUCUACAAUUGAUCCUCUGCAUCUGUUACAAGAUAAUCUGUUGCUAGAUCAUCUGUUAGACUAUCAACAAUUUUAUCUGAGGAACAAUGGAACCAAGGGAUAAGAGACGUACGGGAGAUUAUGGAUCCAUGGAAGAUCCAAAUUAUCAGGUUCCGACAAUGGAGUCCAUUGACAACAGCGAGAUAUCGGAAUGGUAUCGGGACAAGACAGUGUUCCUAACCGGGGGCACGGGUUUCAUGGGCAAAGUGCUAGUGGAAAAACUACUAAGAUCUUGUCCCGUCAAGAAGAUAUUUCUUCUCAUGAGACCCAAGGCAAAUAACGACAUCAACCAACGUAUCGACGACAUGCUCAACUAUAAGCUUUUCGACAAAUUGAAGGCAAACAGACCGGAGUUCUUCCAGAAGCUUCACCCCGUGCGAGGAGACAUCACUCACGAGGGUCUUGGGCUCUCGGAGGAAGAUGAGAAGACCCUGGCUCAAGAGGUGGAGGUGAUCUUCCACGUCGCUGCCACCAUUAACUUUCAGGAGCCCAUCCGAGUUGCUGUUAGUAUGAACAUGCUCGGCACGAAGCGUGUGGUCAACCUUGCAAAGAAAAUGACUAAACUGAAAGCUUUGGUGCACGUCUCCACAGCAUACUGCAACUGCCACCUCCAGGAAACGUACGAGGAGCUGUACCCCGCUCCCAUCGAACCCGGCCGUCUUAUCCAGCUCACUGAGUGGUUCGAAGACGAUGUGUUGGAGAACAUCACACCUCAGUUGGUGUCACCGCGGCCAAACACUUACACAUUCACAAAAGCCCUCGCCGAGCACAUACUUGUGAACGAUGCCGAAGGAAGGAUUCCGUUUUCAAUUAUUAGGCCUUCAAUAGUGUGCGGAGCCUGGAGGGAGCCGGAGCCAGGCUGGGUGGACAACAUGUACGCCUUCACUGGUCUGCUGGUGGGCAUGGGCAAAGGUGUCCUCCGUACACUCUACAUCAAACAAGGCAUUAAACUCGACUUUGUUCCCGUCGACGUCCCCAUCAACCUCAUGAUAGUAGCUGCCUACAACACCGCAACCAAGAAGUUUGCCACAAGUACGAACGUGCCGAUCUACUGCUGCUCCACGGGCUACCAACAGCCCCUCACCAUCGAGGGUCUCAACGAUCUACUCAAGGACACAGUGAGGGUGAUCCCUCAGGAACACCCGAUCUGGUUCCCUGACGGCUCGGCCAAGACCAACAAAACCUUGCAUACCAUCCACCUGUACAUCGCCAACGUUCUUCCUGCUUACAUUGCCGACUUCUUCUACAAAAUACUGGGCAAAAAACAAAUAGCCGUGAAGAUGUGCUACCGAAUGAUGAAAGCUAUCAACGCACUAGAGUACUUCAUGCUCCGAGACUGGACAUUUCACAACGAAAAUGUGCAAGGCCUCUGGGCUUCACUGUCGCCCGCCGACCGACAAAUGUUCCACUUCAACGUGGGAGACCUGGACUGGGCUCAGUACAUCGACAGAUACCAGAGAGGAUGUAAAAAAUUCAUCCUCAAGGAGUCAACCUCUGAUGAAGCUCUCGAGAGAGCACACAAGAACAUGAACAAAAUGUUGUGGUUGCAUCGCAUCCUGCAGUUUGCUCUCAUGUACUGCGCAUGGUAUCUUGUGUCAUCGGACAUCUCUGUGACGUGUCUGUCGACGCUCUUUAACGAACUCAUCAAAUGGUUCACGUUGUACCCUCUCGAGAACAUGGACGAUCACAGCUCGAUGUCUUCCCUGCCAGCACUACCCGAAGAAGGGUUUAUAAACUCUUAGGGAUCUAGUACGAAUGAAAUAGACGAACAUGAAAGACAUGACAUUGUGUGAACAUUAGAUAAGGUCCCCGGUAGUUUUCCUUCGCGAUUUCCAUCAUAACUUCAUCUUCCCAUGAACUACCUCACUAUGGUAAUCACUUUAAUUGAUGUACACACAUAACUUUCUUCGGAUCCAUUGUCUGCAUUCCCAGCGUUUUCACUAAGUAAAGUCGUUUCUCUUUAAAUCUCGUCUCUUCGCGAGAUGCCUCGAAGAGACGUCAGAGUCUCGUCCCUUCGUCCUUAUCUUUGUUAGUUAAUAAUUUCAUUCAUCGCGGCAAAAAGGAGUUAUUUUUUACAAUAACUAAAGGAGUUAUUUUUUACAAUAACUUCACAUAAUUACCCGUAGCGGAAUUGAGGAAUGUUGAGCAGGAUAGAUUGUGUCUUGGAUACCAGUUAGAAUAUUUGAGGGACAGGCAAUAGUAAUUUUAAUAUUCAGUUGGUACCCUGGUACUCAAUGCUCCUGUCUUGAGUUAUUGAUUGAGCAUGUAGCUUAUUUAGCCUAGUUUUGUACCGUCAAAUAUAAUUCUUCUGCUCGGCAUCAGCCUGGGCAAAUGAUUCUUUGAAUGAAGGCAACCCUUUGUUAUUUAUUCUAGCCGAGACCCUCAUUCUUCAAAGGUCAACGAUGCAGUCAAGCCGCAUCGGGACAACUCCAGAGAAAUGAGAACCUUUUUUGCCGAUGCAGUAAGAAACAGCCUGUACAUAUUUUGUAUAUUUUUCAUAGUUAGUGGUAUCUUUUUUUUAGUUCAGUUAAUACUAUACCUAUACCUGUGUGUUAUGUAAAAACAUUUGCGAAAUGUCCCUAGAUGCCAAAUGUUCUUCCAUCACCACCGCCCGCAUUUUGAGAUGAUCAAAAUCAACGCGUUUCGGUAUUAGGUUAAAUUGAAGAUCAUAAAUAUAGGUAGUUCAGAUGCAAUAGUUUUCUUGGAAAUUAAUUCAGUUGAUCGAAUACAACGCAAAUUCAGUUGAUCGAAUACAACGCAAAUUUCUGAAUAGGACUCCUGGAUAACGGACGUUAAGACGGUUGAUUUGGGUGAGCAGUUGAUACGACCUUGUGGGAAUUUCCCGAGUAUUGGCAGAAAAUUACAAGACAAUUCAGCGGGAGUUAUUAGUCUUCAUAUUUAAUCUGUUACAUUUAGUUACAUAGCUGAGGAAGACUGAACUUCGUGGCAUAAGUUAGGCUUGUGCAAUGUUGAGCUCGGCUGUGCCGGAGUGCGAAUUUUUAGGAGUGGGUUUCUUCGUGAUGGUAAACUCAAAUUGGGUAGAAGUGCAUACAGUCUUCUAUCUUACCAAUUUAGAAUGCGUUUUUCGUUAUCUUGAUGGAUAAGUGUAAACCUAGCGUUGAUCGGGCUGCUCCAAUUAGAUUACGUGAGACGGCGAUGUUAAGAUUGCAGUGCGCGAGGUUUUGUUUGUUCAAUCUGUUCCACGACCACCG